AUGAUUAGAGGAGACUCUCAUGAGUUCAAACAAAAUGCAUAUAGCCAAAUAUUGGUUAGCAAAUCUAGCAAAGAAAUCCAGGAUGGAUAAAGUUCAAGAAGGGAUCAUUUAUUCUCAAAGUUACCCUCCUUAGAUUGCACACAACCAAAUAAUUUUUGGCAAAUAAAAAAAGGAGGUUCUGCCAGAUGUAUUGUUGAUUCUGAAAGAUUAUCAACUGCUUCUAAGCCCCUUACUCCAUAGGCGUAGAAGAAACAAAAAAAUUAAAUAAUCUAAAUCGAAGAGAACAAUUAGUUCGAUCUUGGCUCGAGUCGUCAUUUCUAAAGGUUGUUUACUGUUAAGAACAAAGUUAAAUCUUCUAAUGGCAGUGUUAAGACCUCAAGAGAUGAAAACACUAGUAUCGUCAGUAAUAAUGUGGUUCUCAAAAAAUCUCAAUAUCAUCAGACCCAACUAAUUCAACAAUCAUAACAAUCACAAUCAUCUGUACAAUAGUAGUAGUGUCCGUUUUCUUCAGGAAAAUCGAUCAAUGACAUUCUCUCAUAAUUUAAAGAAAAAAAAUCCAAAACUAGUAUUACAAGACAUAGUGAAUUCGAAAAAAUGGAAGGAUUAGAUGACUAUGCAAAGGAAUUCGCAUAAAUACUAGCCUAGGAUGAGUAGAUUGGGCCUGUCAUCGGGACUGCCCAUGAAAUGAAAGGGGUUGUUAAAGCACUAAUAGAUUUAAGUAAUGGAAAUAAAUUGGCAUAUCACUUUGAAAGUCUUAAGUAAUUACAUUAGGACCUUAAUAUAACUGAUGAGAUGUUCAACAGGUUUAAGUAUCUCUAUAUCAAAAAACUAAUAGAUAUGAAAAUUGGAAUGGAAGUUAUAUUUAAAUGUGCAUAGAAAGUGGAGUACUACAGAGGUGCCAUUAUCUGCAAUUCUCGUUCUGUUUAAAAUGUUAAAGAUAGCAUAAGAACCAUAGCUAAAAAUAUGUAUGCUCAAAUUUUUGAAGAUUUCUCAUUGAGUCCAUUGUUCAAAGGAACCAAACAAGAGGAACAAGCCAUUAAAUUUAGUCGUAUCUUCGGGUUCAUUUUAGGAUCUUCAGAAUCCACUAAUUAUGUUAUGGACUCUAUGAGAGACUUUCACAAAGCCUUUGGAAUUAAUUCAGUUUAAUAUUCAGUUUUCAAAUACUACCUAUCAGGAGCCAUGUCGAAACACGCUGAAAAAGAAGUUGUCUACUAUAUACUUGAAUAAACUGAUUCCUAUAAAGCGGCUGUGAUUGAUUAAGAUAGCAUCAAAGACUUAGUUUAUAAAUAGUUUGGUAUAGACAAUUUCUGUGCUGAAUUCAUUAAGUUAUGUUAAACUGACCCCUAUAUUAACAAGAAUUUCAUACACAAGAUUGGAUACGAUCAAUUUGUUUAGCAUACCAAAUAUUUCUUACAUUAUGCUUUUAACAAAUAAAAUAACUGCUUUACUCUUGAAGACCUGAGUUAAUUACAUUGCUAACAUUAAAUCAAUAUACAAUUGUAUUAGAGCAUUAAAGACAAAUUGUUCAAUUUACUGGCCAGACUCAAUCCUUAAAGAGUCAUCUUCUAGGACUUUGAAGAAGAAUUCGAUAUCAUCUUACCUUACAUAACUAAUAAAAAGCUACCUUGUGAUAUUGUUGGAGAAACUAGAAUUUGUGAGUUUGUCCCUUUGAUUGCUGAUGAAUUGCAAUCUAAUGUUGAAAUCAAGAAUGUUUUUGAUAGCAAUGAUGCAAAUGUAUAGAAAACCAUCCUUAAAAAAUUUGAAUAUUUAUUGUCUGGUAGGAAAUAUUUUAAAAGAUCAGAUAUCUAAGCCAUACAUUCUAGGCUUAAAAUUAGCGAGGCGGUAUUUGAAGAAUUUAUUUAUAUUAUUGAAAAAGUUAUCUAAUAAUAUGAUACUUCUCUUUUAUGGAUGAUCGAUGCCAUAAAAGAAUGGAAAUAUAUCAUAAUAACUGUCUGA